UAAUGCAGAGCAAACUGGUUUAUCAGUUUCCUCUUUGGUUUGUAAAGCCUGUUUUGGGACCUGUGGCCUGGAGAUUUCUAAGAGAUUUGGGAGGGAUGAAAUCUCCAAUCCGGGGUCCAGAUUUUGAGAGCAGCCAGCACACUGAUUGUGCACGUGUGUGCAGGCCUUUUUGUAGAGGCUCAAACCAUGAUUCUGGGCUCCACCUCGGCAGACAGGAGGCAUGAGGGAUCCACCCCGGCAGACAGGAGGCAGGAGGGCUUGAUCCUGGCAGACAGGAGGUCUCUGCCUUGGAGUCAGGUGGAAGCCAGAGUAGCUGUGUGCUAGAGGCUAU